GCAGAAUUGGCUACAGUCAUUUACAGUUGUCAACAACAGUCGAAGUUGCGGUUCCGAGGUUUAAACUGUGUUCGGAGUUCUCACAUUGAAUAUGUCAGCCUCAUAAACCUGUUUAGGAUUUCAACUCGCCGUCGUCCUAGGAUAACCAAUGUCAGAUGUCCGUUGCCAUGUCUAGUCUGGAGAGCCCACGGUCCUCUGUGUUUACCUUUGAGUCCUCAGUGCACAGCUGCCAUGUCCUGCGUUGUCUGGACGACCAGCGGAGGCGUGACCUGCUGUGUGACAUCACUGUGCUGGCCGAAGGGAGGAGUUUCAGGGCCCACCGUUCUGUGCUGGCCUCCUGCAGCGACUACUUCACGCACAGGGUCUCCUCCCACGCACCACAGGGACUUGUCGUCACCCUGCCUCAGGAGGUGACGGCGAGUGGCUUUGAGCCCCUGCUGCAGUUUGCCUACACAUCCAAGCUGCUCUUCAGUAAAGAUACUGUCAUGGAGAUACGACACUGUGCCUCUAUUCUGGGUUUCAGGGAUCUGGACUCGGCCUGUUUCGACUUCCUGUUGCCCAAGUUCUUCAGCAGCAGUAGGGCCUCCUUCCAGAGGAAGACCUGCUGUAAGACACGGUGUAGGAGACAGUCGCCCAGGGCAGAGCUUAGCGACACUAACAAGGAUGUCUUAGAUGAUGACAAAGGAGUCAAGGUGGUUUCUGAUUCGCCCGUUGAACAGGAUGCGGGUGGCCAACCAGCAAAUGACGAGACGGGACGUAAAAGCAAAAAUCUCACCCAUCCUCCUGAAGCCGAUAUCCAAUCAGACGGCCAGACUGACUACUCCCUACAGUGCCCCAAGUACCGUAAGUUCCAGCAGGCUUGUGGGAAGGUGAGGCUGUGUGUGGAGGUCUGUGCCCCAGAAACAAACCCCGACUCCCUAGUGGUGAGAGAGGAGGGCUGCCCUCUGCCCCUGCCCCUUCCCCAGUCCUUGCGACCCUGCUCCACUGGUGGAGGCAUUAGGGAAUGUCCUGCAGUGGAGACUUCUGGAGAAAACUCUUCACUUCUCUCACAGACACAGACUGACCAGGCAGGACAGGGAGAGGUGGCGCAGAAGACUGACCAGGCAGGACAGGGAGAGGUGGAGCAGAAGACUGACCAGGCAGGACAGGGAGAGGUGGAGCAGAAGACUGACCAGGCAGGACAGGGAGAGGUGGAGCAGAAGACUGACCAGGCAGGACAGGGAGAGGUGGAGCAGAAGACUGACCAGGCAGGACAGGGAGAGAUGGAGCAGAAGACUGACCAGGCAGGACAGGGAGAGGUGGAGCAGAAGACUGACCAGGCAGGACAGGGAGAGAUGGAGCAGAAGACUGACCAGGCAGGACAGGGAGAGGUGGAGCAGAAGACUGACCAGGCAGGACAGGGAGAGGUGGAGCAGAAGAAAGGAGAAGAGGAUGAUGAGGAGAAGAGAGAGAUGGAUGAGAGACGUAGAGAGGCAGAUGAAGAGAACGAAGAGAGGAGGAGAGGGGAGACAGAAGAGAGGAGGAGAGGAGAGACAGAAGAGAGGAGGAGAGGAGAGACAGAAGAGAGGAGAAGAGGAGAGAGGGCUUCUGGAGUCGACUGUCAUAGCUCUAUCCUUGCUCUCGUGGAGGUGUCUAGUGGUCGGCUUGUCAGCUGUGAAGAGAGCCCAGGGUUGGGUACAGCACCACACCGAUGCCCCCUGGAGGCACCUGGGCUGGACAAGCAGAGCCCUGGAGGUGUGGGGGAAGGAGGUUGUGUUCUAGGGGGUAGAGGACACCAUGAAGGAAUAGAUCCAGCUGUCUCCAGCCUGCCACAGACAGAACAGGAGCAGGGAGGGAGAGCGUGGAGAAAGGUGGGGAGAAGGAUAGAACAUGGAAGAAGUGAAAGCGGACAGGGAGAGAGGAGAGAGCGAGGAUGGGAAGAGAGGAGCAGCGUGGAAAAAGAGGUGGCUGAACACUUGGCCCAUGGCCUCUGGUCAGAGUUCUCCUCUUCUCCUCCCCUCCUCCAGGACUUCCUCCCUGGGACUGAGUCUGGGAACCUCCGGAGCAGCAGCUCCACCUUGGAUUGGCUCCACAAGCUUGACAUCAGCUCCAGUACUGGGGACUGUCCCUUCCUCCACGGCUUGGACAGGGAGACAGACGGAGGGACGGACAGAGGGACAGGGGAGGGGACGGACAGGGGGACAAAGAGCGCGACUGAGCUGGGGUGUGAGGGGUCGUCCCAGUUAGAGAAGAGUCCCUGUGUGUCCUCCCUGACAUCUGGAGAUGAUGGAGACUCCGACUGCUUCGAUACGGAGGGAGACAGCGAGUCCUGUUCCUACAGCCAGAGAAUCAAAGAGGUGCAGCUCCCGUUCUCUGUGGGUCGUAUCGUGGGGUUGAGCAGGAAUGACUUCCAGCUGAUGUUGAGGCACCAGCCUCUGACCAGAGAACAGCUGGACUUUAUCCACGACGUCCGGCGCAGGAGUAAGAACCGUAUCGCAGCCCGGCGCUGUCGCAAGAGGAAGCUGGACUGUAUCCACAAUCUGGAGUGUGAGAUAGACAAACUGAGGACAGAGAAGAACCAGCUGAUAUCCGAGAGGAGCCAUCUGAACCAGAUGAAGCUGAAUACUUGGCACAGUGUGACCGCUCUUUGUCAGAGGGUCUGCAGCGAGGCCGCCCUGAGACCAGAACAACUCCAGGUCCUAGCCAAGUACACCUCCCCAGACUGCCCGCUCUCUGCUCUCAUCUCCCCCACAGACCCAACCUCCCCUGGGCUAGGAGGACUACUACAACCCCAGGCCUCUCCCUAGGCCUGCUCGUCCUCAGGCCUAGCCUCAGAUACCUGUCAGAACUUUUCGGAACCUUCGGAACCUUUGGAACCUUCGGAACCCUCGGCCAGCUGCUCCAGGGACACACCCACAGGGGAGGAUCUCUCAGGUGAUUGAACAAGCCCUCAGGUAUAUAGAUGUGAUCAGGUGACUGAUGCCCUGCUCAUGGAUGAGUGUGAGUCUGGACACCUUCAUCAUCAUCAUCAUCAUCAUCAUCAUCAUCAUCAUCAUUUCAUAGACUUUCUUCUACAGGCAAAGACACUGUGGUUGUGUUCCAAUAAUCUCUCCUUCCUCAGAGGUGCACUCAGUUACUCACUAAAGCAUCAGAUUGGUCUAGGCACUGAGCAGGGAUGAAGGAAGCAGGAAAGUAUUUUCCCGCGAUUGACACGGUUACAUACAAGCUGACAGUAUUUCAACCACAUGAAAAUAUGCAUGCAAGAUGAACUGAAAUCCAUCACCAGAGAUACACUGUGUGUGUGUGUGUGUGUGUGUGUGUGUGUGUGUGUGUGUGUGUGUGUGUGUGUGUGUGUGUGUGUGU